CUUCCUUUGAAAAAAACAAUUUUAGCGUAGAGUACGUCAUUUGCCUAGAUGCUAUUGUGCGUGGAAAUUUCUUUGUGUGAUGGCAGAAGAAGACAGUCCAAGAGACAGACAGGAAAAUGAGUUACAGGCCUUGCAGGCAAUCUACAUGGAUGACUGUAAGGAUUUACGUGAAGAAGACGGAAACUCGGACCAAGAAUGGUGUCCUCCAGAGAUAGAACUGUUUCUCACGCCUCUUCAGAGCAUGGGAGGUCACAAUAGUAGCUACACGUCUCUGUCUCUUGUGGCAAAAAUGAAUGCUGACUAUCCCAACACUGCACCAGAGCUGGAAGUAACCAAUGCAAAAGGAAUUUCUGCCAAACAAGUGAGCAGUUUGGAGGAUGAACUAAGAAAGCUUGCUGAUGAAAAGUGUGGGGAAGAGAUGAUGUUUGAUUUGGCUCAUCAUGCGCAAACUUUUCUUCACAAGCAUGACAAGCCCCCAAUGAUGUCCUUUUAUGACACCAUGGUGAAGAACAAGCAGGCGAAAGAGCAGAAGUUGGAGGAAGAGAGGAGACGACAAGAGGAGAAAGAGAGGGAGACAUUUAAGAAACGACAGGAGCAAGAGAGACGUCAGAUUGAAGAGGAAAUUAUGAGGAGGUCAGAAGAGCAGAAAAGAGCCAAGAGAAAUGAACUCAAGAGAUUUGAUGUGGAAGAUGUGGAGGUUCAGUCAGUUGGAAUGGUCUUUUUAGACAAGCAAGACAAGUCUGUAGUGUUUGCACAUGAUGCUGCACAACUGAAGGAGCAUGACACGGAGCAAACAACUAAAUCAGUAGGGUCUAACCAAGUACUUGGAGUAGAGUCUUUAGAUUAUACGACUAUUCGAAGAGUACGGCACUUAGUACAACAAAAUGAAUCAAGUGGAGCCAGUGUGUUUGUGGGUAUGGAAAGUCAUGGAGAAAUGGUUGUUGUUCACGAGUGGAAGCUUCAUUGUCGAACGUCAAAGAAGAAUGUAAGUCAGCAGAUUACAUCUACUGAGUCUCAUCCAGCUGUACGACGAAGGCUAAAACAGGUUGAGAGCAUAGAGCAUGAGCUCAGACACCUACAGCAUUUUCAUCAUCCUAACCUAGUUCAUUACCUGGGUAUGAAGCAUCAUGCACAAGGAGAUAUGAUCGUCAUAGAGGUGGUCACCGAAUAUAUUGUGGGAUACAGUUUGUCAGUCAUUAUUGAGCACAGAUGUCAACUCAAUGAGGACACUGUUCGAGAUUAUACAAGGCAACUUCUUGAUGCAUUAUGUUAUCUUCACUCCAAUGCAGUUGUUCACAAGGACGUCAAAGCUUCAAAUGUUUUUGUUGAUGGCAAGGGAAACGUAAGACUCGCUGAUUACUCUAUUUAUCGAAGGCUAACUGAUUUGUAUCACUCUGUGAAUUUUGAUGGUGAGGUCAAAGUCUCUACAUUGCGCGAAGUAGGAAUGGGGAAGAAAAGUGAUGUUUACAAAUUGGGUUUGCUAAUUAUGUCUCUUGUCUGUGGAGAACCAGUGCAGAGCUAUCAGCCAGAAACUAAAGUCACUUUAUCACCUACAUUGAAGGACUUUCUUAUCAAAUGUCUGGAUGAAGACGAAAGGUACAGACCUACUGCUGGAGACUUAAUUCAACAUCCCUUUGUUACAUCUGAUGCACUAACGUUGCUUCCCUUGUAUGAACAAUCAUUAGAACAAAAUGAAGUGACCUCUGAUAUUCCAGUACUAGGACGUGCAUCAUCACCACACAGUGCAGCAAUAGCAGAAAUGAAUGCACGUCCAUUACAUUCACGUCUCUUUUCAGACUUUGAAGAAGUGACAUUGCUGGGAAAAGGAGCUUAUGGUGAAGUAUUUAAGGCUACAAACAAGUUGGACAAGUGUUUUUAUGCUAUCAAACGAAUUCGUCUCAGUCUAAGCAGGCAUGAUGUUUUGAAAAGGAUCUUGGGUGAAGUCAGUCUUCUUUCAAGGCUAAACCAUGAGAAUAUUGUCAGGUAUUUUAACUCUUGGAUAGAAGAUGAUCCAAGUGUUGGCAAAUUUAAUGAGAGUGAUGUUAGCAGCACUGUAGGAGAUACUCAGAGUGUUGCCGAAGACUUUCAGGGGCAUAAACGUCAACACAAACAAGAUGAUCAAGAGAAAGAACAAGUUGUCUCAGGGGAAGACAGAUCAUUGAGCUCUGGAAAUCUUAUAUCAUUUCAGAUAUUUAGAUCAAACACUGGAUCAAAUGCUUUUGAUGUCUCUGCAGCUACCAGUGUGUCUCCUAGUGUGCAGUUUUCUCCUACUGGUGAUAUCUUCGAACCUCGUUUUAACUCCAAUUCUGAGGGCAGCCACAGUUCAGUAUCUGAUGAUGAAAUUGUGUUUGUGGAAAGUUCGGCUAAUCUCUCAUCAUCAAAGGCAGUCAACGUCAAGAAUGAUAGUAACGACAGUGACUCAGAGAGCAAGACAAGAAGGCAAAAGAUGCCAGUGUUGCAGUAUCUUUACAUUCAGAUGGAGUUCUGUGGACAGAAUACACUUAGAAAUUUAAUAGAAAAAGGAUUGUUUAAAUUUCAACAAAAACUAUGGAGGGCGUUUAGAGAGAUAGUUGAAGGCUUGGCUUAUGUGCACAGACAAGGUAUUAUUCAUCGAGACUUGAAACCUGUCAAUAUAUUUCUGGAUUCACGUGGUCAUGUGAAGAUAGGAGAUUUUGGUCUUGCUACAAAGAGAACAUUGAAUGUUGCUGCUAGCGGUCACAACAUACAGCUAGUCGAACUAGGGAAGACAUCAGAUGCAGAUGAAGGUCUUACUGGUCAAGUGGGCACGUCAUUGUACAUUAGUCCAGAACUAGGGAAGCCAACGAGAACAAGAUACACACAGAAAGUUGACAUAUACAGUUUGGGCAUCAUCUUCUUUGAGAUGUGUCAUGAACCAUUCAACACAGCAAUGGAACGUAUUCGAGUUAUCAGCAACCUCAGAAAAGAAGAUAUUGUAUUUCCUUCUGCAUUUGAAGACGCAAAGUAUAAAGAGUCUGCUGUCAUUCGUUGGCUUCUAAAUCAUAACCCUUAUGAGCGACCAACAUCUGAGGAUCUUCUACAUAGUGACUACAUGCCUCUUAACAUGGAAGAUUCACAACUGCAUGAAGUGCUUAAGCAUACUUUGUCAUCGACAAACACAAGUCGAUAUCGGGAAAUGAUGAAUGCUUUGUUUUCUCAGCCGCCAUCGUCUGUACUUCAGUACACAUAUGACAUGCAGUUUUAUCAGAAGACUCAGUUUUCUAUCUUUCAAACUAAUCUUCAACAACAAGUGCGAGAUCGUUUGGCUAGAAUUUGUACUCGACAUGGUGCUGUAGAAGUGUUGACUCCACUGCUGAUGCCAAAGAACAACAUUAAUGAAAAGGUUGACAGCAGAGUGCAAAUGAUGGAUACAGGUGGUUGUCUAUUGACACUACCGUAUGAUCUUCGCGUUCCCUUUGCACAUUUUUUGGCCAGAAGCGAUGUAUCUAACCUGAAGAGAUAUUGUGUGAGUAAAGUUUAUCGGGACCCUAGAAUGCAAGAUGCACACCCUAGAGAACCAUGGGAAUGCGCGUUUGACAUUGUGACAACUGGUCGUGACAGUUUUGUGCCUGAUGCUGAAGUAAUUUAUCUAGUCAGUGAGGUGAUUGCUGAGUUUGCUUCACUUCAGCGCUGUGGGUACUCUGUCUUCCUGAAUCAUACUUUACUGUUAUCAGCUAUACUGUAUCACUACUCUGUUCCUAUACACCAACACGUAAAUGUUUGCAAUACGUUAUGGGAUGCUCAGUCAGGCAAACUGCGGUUGGUUCAUGCAAGAAGACAGUUGUAUGGAAUGGCAUUGUCAGAGAUGACGGUUGAAUCAUUACUGGCCUUGGUGCAAAAACAAGAAUCAAUAGAACAAGUCCGAUUGUUUUUGGAACCUGUUUUGAAACAGAAAGGAGAAACAGCAAAGAUGGCAAGAGAAGGUUUAUGUGAACUUGAAACUAUUAUCUAUCAUCUCAAAGCCUUUGCAUUAGCUGAAGACGUUUUUGUGUGGCUUGGACUUGCGUACAAGUUGGAUCAUUUUUCAGGGGUUAUGUUUGCUUAUGCUGGCAGUGCAUUGAAUCAGAAGCGUCAUCGAGGUGCUCUUGUUGAUUUCCUGGCAGCAGGAGGUCGCUAUGACAAACUUAUCAAUGAUUUUCAGACUGGUGUGUUGAAAUCCACAUCAUUCUGCUCUGCUGUUGGUGUGAGCAUUGCUGUGGACAAGAUUGUGAAUACCAUGGGAGGAGCUGAAGAAAUGGGUAUACCGGGAGUGUGUGAUGUGUUGGUCUGUUCUGUUGGAAGUGAUCCAUUAAAUCAGUGCAUUCAUAUUGUUCGUGAUCUUUGGGCAGCAGGGAUAAGCUCUCAGUUGUUUGAGAACUCUGAACAGUUGUACUCAUUGGAUGACAGACGUUGUAAAGAUUUGGGAAUAUCUCAUAUUGUUUUGUUGACUGAAAGAAGUGUUCAUGAAAACUCGACUGUUCGAGUGAGAUCGCUAGAGAGAGACAAAGUUGUUGAUAAAUCGAUUCCUCAGGCUGAACUAGUUGAAUACAUUCAGAGCAAACUGACAAACAAACUUGAGGUUACCGAGACUUCUCAGCCCACACUUGUUUCAUCAAGAGGGCAGCCGACACAAGGAGCUGCUACUGAAUCUCAUUCUUUGACUUUUCCUCACAAAGGGGUCACAGUACUAACUGCUGAUAAAAUAGCUUCAAAUAUGAAACGUCGUUUUCAAAGCUUGGCACAAUCAAAAGCAUCUCAAGUGCUGCAGAGUCUGUCUAGCACACAGAGUGUGGAAGUGGUGGCAGUUGAAUUUAGGCAGCCGUUGUUGUCAGAUCUACGAUUGCUUUUAAAUGUUGAAGGAGACGCAAAUCAAUUUGUAGCUGGUGUUUGCAGUCUUGUGGACAAAUACUCUUUACGAGGUUCUCGUAAGAACUACCUUGAUCGCAUUAUUGAAACAAUAGGAGAGUUGAGACAGAACAAGAAAAAAUCAUCUAUUGUAUUCUUGUACAGCAUUCCCGAUGAUUGUUGUGAAAUUCUAUUGUGAGAUUGAAGGUUGCUGAUGUUGGCACUCUCUGGUACUGCAAUGCACCAGUUCGAUCAGAAAUGGUCCAAAAUGAAGUGGGAUUAUUCGUAUGUCACAGCAAACAAUCGUCCUUGCUCGGGCCAUUGUAGCAGUCAUCAUAUGGCUUUCAGUUGUGUUCUGUAAAAACAGCGUAACUGUAGACAGAGAUAAUUUUGUACUGAAUCUUCUUUUCACUGCAUUGUUUGGCAUUUGAUUUGCAUUGUGAUUGGCUUAUAAUUGUUUGUCAUUGUUGAACCAGGCAGGCAAUUUGACAGAUCAA